AUGAGCAAGGAAGCUACGAACAAUAUCCCAGUUUGGGUGAAUUUCCCUGGGUUGCCUAUACAAUAUUGGACGGUGGAAAAUCUGGGAAGAAUAGCAAGCUCUAUAGGGAUACCAAUUUGCACAGAUAAACUAACAGUCCAAGAAGCAAGGAUAUCUUAUGCACGCAUGUUGAUCAAAAUGGUUGUGUCUCAACCAUUGCCUGAGAUAGUGCUGAUUGAAACUGCUGAUGGCAAACACAGGGAGCAGACAUUGAGCUAUGAUUGGCAACCAUCUUUCUGUCAAGAUUGCCUUCAAAUAGGGCAUCAUACAGGUGAAUGCAGUGCACAAGCAGAAAUGAUACAAAAAACUAGCCCUGCUCCUAAAGGUCAGGCAGGGACUAAAAAGCAACAAGGAGAACAACACAAAAAGGGAACGAAACAAGUCACUAAGUGGGUAGUAAAGCCAAAUGCAGCCAAGGAAACUCAAGGGCAAGAAGCAAGAGAUGAACCUAGUACUAACAAAGCAACUACAACAAUAGUGACAAGGCAAGAAGAGGGUUCUGAAGGGACUGUACAAAAUAAAAAUGCUGAAUUCCAAUUGGCCAAAACAAAAGGGAAACAAGUGCAAAGUCCCAAGGUGAGAACAUCACUAAGGGAUGGUUUGUCUGAUGCAAAUAUUGAAGCUAUGCUGCACCAAAACAGAUUUAGUGCACUGAGAAUUCAUGAAAAGGAGGAUGCAAGUCAGGAAUCUAAGGAGGGAAGAGUACCCCUUGCUCAAUCUCCAUGA